CCCAAAUUCCUCCUUUACUACUGUACUGCAAUUCUGCAAAAGAUCUUUUGGCUCAAGCCAAGAAAUCUCCAUGCUUAGCCCUAGCUAGCUAUUCUCUUCUUCUUCCUCUCCUCCCUUGUUUCGUUACGACCCAGAUCAAGAAACCUAGCUGUUGAUGGAGGAUCUCUCGGAUCUUGGGGGCCGCGGGCACUCGGGCGCUGCAAGGCCGACGCCGAGGCCUUCGUUGCCGUCCUCUUCUAAAGUCUCCGUGCAAGUCUACACCGUCCCGAGCUCAGCUUCCGGCGGUGGAGCUGGAGCUCAGGUUGUUGCACCGGCGACACUCCACGAGUCCGGCGGCAGUGGCCAUGGCGGCCGCGCUGUUGAUCUGGACCCGGUCAAGGCCAAGAUCGUCUCCCACCCUCGCUACCACGGUCUCCUCGCCGCCUUCUUGGACUGCCACAAGGUCGGCUGCCCUCCGGAGGCGGCCGCGGAGAUCGCGGCGGCGGCGCGGGAGCGCGAGGCGUGGCAGCGCGCAGCCGCCGCCGGCGACGACGCGCGCACAGGGCCGGACCCGGAGCUCGAUCAGUUCAUGGAUUCGUACUGCGAGCUGCUUGUGGCGUGGAAGGAGGAGCUGAGCCGGCCGCUGCGGGAGGCCAAGGAGUUCCUGACGACGGUGGAGUCGCAGCUCAACUCCAUUACUAGCACCGGGCCACCCCUCGGAGCUCUCAUCUCAGCUGAUGAUAAAGUUGGACUAAAUGAUUUGUCCGACGACAAUGAAGAAGAAGGCAGCGGCAUGGAGUCAGAAGAAGCUCUCGGCAUCGACCCGUGCUCCGAUGACAAGGAGCUCAAGAGGCGUCUCCUCAAGAAAUACAGGGGGUCCUUAGGCAACCUGAGAAAGGAGCUGUGCAAGAAAAGGAAGAAGGGCAAGCUCCCCAAGGAAGCCCGGCAGAAGCUGCUCAGCUGGUGGGAGUUGCACUAUCGAUGGCCCUACCCCUCGGAGAUGGAGAAGAUCGCGCUGGCCGAGUCGACGGGGCUGGAGCCGAAGCAGAUCAACAACUGGUUCAUCAACCAGCGGAAGCGGCACUGGAAGCCGUCGGAGGAGAUGCAGUUCGCGGUCAUGGACAGGUUCCACCCGGCGCCGCAGAGCGCCGCCGCGUUCUACGUCGACGCCCGCCUCGUGGGAGCAGCAGCGCCGGCGAUGUUCUUUGCCCGGCCGGAUCACGAGGCUCAUGACCCCUGGCAUAAUUGAGCCUAGUACGGUGUGUACCAGUGUAUGCCUGCAACCUACAUGGCAGGGCUUAGCCUUGGCCUAUAAAUAUGAAGACUGUACAACUCUAGAAUUGAAGAAGCAAAGGACGCCUGCAUUAGCCCUAGCUUGUAGGUUUGCAGCGUUUUGG